GCGUUGCGCUUAUCCGGAACCUUUGAAGGGGGAAGACUUUAAUGUGAGGACACUGGUGCAAAUAUGUCGGACGUACCUGAUAAUGCUCCGGAGCACUGCCCGGGAACACAAAGUGAGCAAGCAGGGAAGACAUCAUCAUGUCAGGGCUGUCCCAACCAGAAAAUAUGUGCUUCUGGAGCCACCAAGGCCCCCGACCCUGCCAUAGCAGAGAUCGGACUGAAGCUGUCAACAGUUAAACACAAGAUCCUCGUUCUGUCUGGAAAAGGAGGAGUGGGGAAGAGUACCUUCAGCGCUCACCUGGCUCACGCUCUUGCUAGUGACACCACAAAGGAGGUCGCCCUGCUGGAUGUAGAUAUCUGUGGUCCUUCUAUUCCUAGGAUCAUGGGCUUAGAGGGAGAACAGGUUCACCAGAGUGGCUCAGGCUGGUCCCCUGUGUAUGUGGAGGACAACCUGGCAGUCAUGUCUAUUGGCUUCCUGCUCAGUAGUCCUGAUGAUGCUGUUAUCUGGAGAGGACCCAAGAAGAACGGGAUGAUCAAGCAGUUUUUGAGGGAUGUUGACUGGGGGGACCUGGAUUACCUCAUCGUGGACACGCCCCCUGGAACCUCUGACGAGCACCUGUCGAUAGUCCAGUACCUGAGCUCCACCCACGUGGAUGGAGCCGUCAUCAUCACCACGCCACAGGAGGUGUCAUUGCAGGACGUGAGAAAGGAGAUCCGGUUCUGUCAGAAGGUCAAGCUGCCCAUCAUCGGAGUGGUGGAGAACAUGAGUGGCUUCGUUUGUCCUUCAUGCAAGAACACAUCGCAGAUCUUCCCUCCCACCAGUGGGGGCGCCGAGCGAAUGUGUGCAGAUCUAGAUCUGCCCCUGUUAGGAAAGGUGCCUCUGGACCCAAGGAUAGCACGAAGCUGCGACGAGGGCAGGUCGUUCCUCAAUGAAGUACCCGACUCUCCUGCGGCUAAAGCCUACCACAGUAUUGUGCAAAGUAUUCAGGACUACUGCUCCAACCGUGUGACAGAGGAGCAGAGCACCACCUGAUGGCGGCCAUAUUGGACUAGAACACUGAGACAGAUCACAUGACGGGAGUUUGGUAGAAAAAUGUUGAACUACUGAAUAAGAACCACACAUAGCAAUACUUAUAUCGUUCACCUAAACAUUAUUAUCUUUAUAUGAUUAUUAGUCAUGAUUGAAUACUUCUUGCACUGCAGUGGCUGGCCAAUAUAGAAACAGUAUUGAGGAUGAAAAAAAUAUAUUAUAAUGAGCAUUUAAUUGGAAUAUAAUAGGGACCAGUUCCUCUUAGUAGCAGUUCCUAAAAGUAAUUACACAGUGAUGUUAUCCAAAUAAGCAUGUUGGCCUCAUUUUGAAUAUAAUGCAAGCAUAAAAAACCCAGAAAUUUAACAAAGCUUCCAACCACCACUCUGGGUAUUUUCUGUAUAUUACCUCUUUAUACUUUAGCUGAAAUAGAUACAUUUUAAAUCCCUGACGUUUAUUUAAUAGAAGGGAUUUGUAUUUUGUUGGUUAAUGCUGAAGAUACAAACUUGCACCCACAGCAGCCAGGCACAAAGUUUGACUAAACUUUGCUCAAACGAGAGUAAAUUGUGAAUUUAUUGGGGACUAUUUUCAGCAGUGGAUGAAUACGCAAUUGGUGUUUGAGGGAGAAUUCAUUACAACAGGACAGGAUUGACUGCAGUGCCCUGUUUGUCGUAAGAAAGGUCAUUCAGUGCAACAGUGGCUGAAUGAUGUGUUCAUAAUGUAGUUCUACAGCACAGAGAAAACUAUCAGAGGCUUUGGAUACACAUGCAGUACUUCACCGGAUCUAUUUCUUGUUGUUUUGGCCCUGAUGUGGAAUGUGUUGACAACAGGAAAAUAUAGAUUAUCACCCAUCUUAUUCCUUCAGGUUAAAGUUAAAGUAAAGAUGGCGACUGCUGCUGUCUUGUAGACCCAACAUGUACAGUCUUGUUGCCUAUUGUCUCUGAACACUGUGCAUCCUAAGAUAUUUGAUAUACACACUUAGUUCCUUUAGUAGAUGAAAAGAGUCUAUUGUGCUGUAGUAAAGGAGAUGGUGUUUGAGGAAGUUAAACAUCUGAUCAUGCAGUAAAUGAAGCAGUAGUGUCAAACAUUUAAUCAUUUCCUACAAUUAUGUUAUUAGGGAGAGAAAGUCCAAUAAUUGUGCCAUCAGUGGGAGAUAAACCCAUUUAUUGAAGUCCUUGUAAUACAAAACACAGUGUCAUCAGCAUAGUGUAAAAUCUAACUUACUGAUCUGGUUGUGUUUUCUCCUUAGUCAUUCCACAUUUGAAAUUAAGAGACAUUUGGAGAUGUUAAACUUUUAAGUCAUGUAACCUUCAUUCUGUUUAGUGGCUAUAAAAAUGUAAAUGUAUGAAUCUGGAAGAUCUAUUUUUGUCCAAUGUGCAAACUGGAUAUAAGGAAACCUAACUUUCUCAGAGCCACUAACCAAAGUGUGCAUGAUUUUUUUUAAAGUGUUUUCAUAUAUAUAUUUCAUGAAAUUUUUCUUCACUGACCAGACAUAAAGUUCACAUGGAGUUACUGGAGUUCUCAGUGGUCCUGAUUUACAGUAAAUGACAUAAAUAUUAUAUUAUUGUGUUAUAAACAGUUGUUUUAGACACUUGUUUUGUUUACUUGGUUUAAGUUACUAAACAUGAAAGAUUUCGAACUAUAAUGCAGACUCCUUUUUGUUUUAUCUGUUAAUAAAUCAAAGUUUAUUGAGAUAA